UGGAAUAAAACUGUAAGAAUGGCUUCUUCAACAAAAACCCACCACAAAUCUGAAAAAAUAGCUCAAAAUGAAUCAGAAGAAGAAAGCUUUUCCUAUGCAAUUCAAAUUUCAAUGGGGUCAGUAUUACCAAUGGUGAUGCAAACAGCAAUAGACCUCGGCAUUUUCGACAUUAUAGCGAAAGCCGGUCCGAAUGCAAAGCUUUCAGCAUCAGAAAUUGCAUCAGAAUUGUCGACUGAUAAUCCUGACGCAUCCAUGAUGCUUGACAGGAUUCUGAAGCUUCUUGUGAGCCACGGUAUUAUUGGUAGCUCAGAUGAUGAUCAUCAGCCAAUACAACGACUCUACUAUUUGAAUGGAGUCUCUAAAUAUUUUGCGAAAAAUGAAGAUGGAGUCUCACUUGGACCUUUCAUGACAUCAAGUCAAGACAUGGUCUACAUGGAGAGCUGGCCUAUGUUGAAGGAAGCAAUUCUUGAAGGAGGAAUUCCAUUUAAUAAGGUGCAUGGAACACAUGCAUUUGAGUAUCCAAGAAGAGAUCCAAGGUUCAAUGAGGUGUUCAAUAAAGCAAUGUUUAAUCACACCACAAUUGUUAUGAAGAGAAUUUUAGAGUGCUAUAAUGGUUUUGAAGAUCUGAAGCAGUUGGUUGAUGUUGGUGGUGGAUUAGGAGUCACCCUUAACAUCAUCAUUUCUAAAUACCCCAAUAUUAAGGGUAUCAAUUAUGAUUUGCCUAGGGUCAUACACAAUGCCCCCUCUUAUCCUGGUGUGAGUCAUGUAGAGGGAAAUAUGUUUGAAAGCGUUCCACAAGGCGAUGCCAUUUUUAUGAAGUGGAUACUUCAUGAUUGGGACGACGAACAUUGCUUGACACUAUUGAGAAAUUGCUACAAAGCAAUUCCAGAAAAUGGGAAAGUAAUUGUUGUGGACGCAAUUCUUCCGAUUAUGGCAGAAGAUGAUCAUACUGCAUUCGCCAGAGACACAUAUCUUAUGGAUGUCUUCAUGAUGGCUCAAAAUCCCGGCGGAAAAGAGCGAACUCAGCAAGAAUUUGUGGCCAUGGCUACAACGGCUGGAUUCACCGGCGUCACCUUCCAGUGUCGCGUUUGUAACUUUUGGGUUAUGGAGUUGGUCAAGUAACUCAAUUACAAUAAAUUUGGAAAAAAAAAAUUACAAUAAAAGUUCAAUUUACGGCUA